UUUAAACUGUUGAGUAUUAUUUAUUGAAGUUGGUUGAAGUUGUUAAUAUGGAUGAGGAAAUGGAAAUUAAUCCCGAGAAUUUCAAACUGAUCGAAAUUGAUGGAUCACCAUUUGCAAACGAUGAAAAUCACAUAUAUUUACAACAUGUUCUAGAUGGAAGCAUUAUAAUUGCACCUUUAGAUGAAGAGAUAAAAAAUAUGUUUUUUCCAUGUCAAGCCACACAGCAGUCAACUUCAAUGCAUAAGAGCAGUGGAACUCGAACAUGGACUCGAUCUGACAUUCUAGCAUUAAUAGAUGCAGUGAAAAACCAUCAGGAAAAAUUCAAGUCCAGUACAAUGAAAAAUGACGCUGUUUGGAAAAUUAUUUCUGCUACAUUGGAAAAAAAAGGAAAAUGUUUCACAGCGACUCAGUGUAAAGACAAAUAUAAGUAUCUCAAAGGAAAAUAUAUGAAAAAAAAAGAUAAUAUGAGUGACAGAUCCAGUGGUGCGGAAUUUAUAAAAUUUGAAUAUUUCCACGAAAUGGACGAAUUUUUGGGAACGUCCCAUAAUGCAAACCCUAUUGCCUUGGCUUCUAACAUCAAAAAGCACCAAGUCCCAGACACAGAAGAACGCAAUAUGUUAGACAGUGAUGAUAAUGACACUGAUACAUCGGAGCCUAGUUUGAAGAAGAAAAAAAUUGCCACUAAGCGAAAAUUGCCAGAAAAGGAGAGUCCCCUUCAGAAAUAUGUCAAAGAGUUACAUGAAAAUACAAAUAAAAGAGAAGAUAAUAUGGAAAGACGCCAUAAAGAAAAUGUGGAAUCACGCAAAGAAGCAUUAAAUGUCUUUGCUCAAAAAAUGGAUGCUAUUAUAUCAAUAAUGGCUAAUAAAAACAAGCAAUAGAGAUAAUAAAAAAAAUUACAAUUUUUUUUGUUAUUUUGUUCAAAAGUUUAUUUGUUG